AUGACUCUCUCUAGCGAAGAAUCCAAUGUCUUGCUGUGUGUUUCUUGUCUUCGCCAAUGUUCUCGUGCCCACCUGCCUGGUGGGUGCUCCGAGGAACUAAUCCCUGUCUUUUCUGUGAACUCGGCCCUGUCCUCCUCGGUGAGUCUUAGUAACAGCACGUUAUCUCCUCGUGGUACUCCUGGGGUCACGGAUUUCUCUUCUUCUUCGGAUGUUGAGUUGUUCGUCAGCCAAACGCGUGCUAGAUCCCACGGCGUCAGUGACUCCGUGGAUUAUUCUACUGAACCCAGCCCUCCGGCUGCGGCUGAACAACCUGUCUCUACAGGCGUUCUCGAAUCCCGUUUAUUGCCCUGCCCAAAGUGUGUUCGUGUCGUUGGUUCUGCAGUUGGUAUGAAAUUGCAUUUUCGAAGCGCCCAUCCGGAACUAUAUGGACUACCGUCUGUGUACGACCCACCCACUACGAACCAAUCUACCCGACCUACCGAUGAUUCCGACGUUAUCAACUGCCAGUAUUGUGAGAAAACCUUCCCUACCUCACGAGGAUGUUCUAUGCACACGAAGAGUGCGCAUCCUGACGAGUACCACCGGAACAGAAUCCACUUGGCGCCUGUCCGGUCAGUGUGGACGCCGCAGGAGGACAAUUUGUUGUGCAGUCGUGCAGCUGCCCUCCUGGCAGAUGGUCAACUGUCCCUGCCUGAGCUUGCACGAAGGCUGCAGGGGGUUUUUCCCACGAGAAGUGCGGAAGCCAUCUACAAAAGGCUUAGCAAAAUGGAAAAGGAUGAUCUCCUCUUGAGGAAUUCAGUGGCAGCUACAUCUAGACCAACUGUCCGUUCCCCUCCCAACUCUACCCCCCCUUCUAACAACCCUACGGAAGAGAGUGAAACGGUUGAUUACCGAUCUCAACUUCUGAGAACUGCUGUUACUCAGUUAACUGAUUCACCUUGUCAGGCCCUCGCAUCAGACGACAUUGUGUCUCUAGCGGUAGACCCGCUCAUGGGAGAGAUUGACACCGCUCACGCGCACAGACGUAUGGAUGCGCAUGCCAAAAACGUUUUCCCACGACGUUGGCGUCCAGGAGUGAACCGCCGGCCAAAGACUGAUAAGCCACGUAACAAACGAGAACUCCGGAAAGCUCAGUAUGCAGAGGUGCAGGCCCGCCUGGCAAAGCGCCCUAAACUGGCUGCACAGUUCGUCCUAUCGGGCGACUGGCGAUCGGCGUCAGGUGCUGAGCCGCCUAGGCCAGCUGGGACACUGGAAAGCAAUUUCUGA